AUGUCGUAUUACUUUGUCAUCAUUUCACCGACGGACACUCCGCUGUUUGAAUUGACCUUUGGCACAUCCAAAGCUGGAGGUGAUGGUGUUGCCAGGUUUCGCAAUGGCGAGACAGCUCGGUACAUGAAUCAAUUCAUUGUUCAUGCCGCUCUCGAUGUCGUGGAGGAAGUCCAGUGGUUGACCCCGAACAUGUGGCUCAAGGUCAUUGACAACUACGCCCCCACCAAUUCUCAUAUAAGCUGCUUCAUUACCGGGACAAAUGUUCGAUUCAUGCUCCUCCAUCAACCUUCAGCCAUCAGCAAUGCUUCUGCCGGUACCCGUUCAUCCACCAUAUCUUCCACAUCGAUUCCGCAAAAUCCCACCAGCCCGCAGACAGAAGAAGCCAUUCGACAGUUUAUGAAUGAGGCCUUUGAGCUGUGGGUCAAGACGUUGAUGAACCCCUUCUACACCAUCGGCAAGCCCAUCAAAAGCCCCGUGUUUCGACAAAGGGUGGUCGCAGCAGGCCGAAAAUGGCUAUGA